CAGGUGUAUUGGGUGUCGUGCCGCCGUCUUGACGCAGCAGCAGCUCCUCCGGUAACGAUGAUGUCUGCCGCCGUCACCGGAACGUUACCUGGAUGAGACACAUCCAGCUGUGUCCUCGCGCACCGCACCGGAGCGUGCCCGGCGCGAGACAGGACCACGGUCACCGGCGGGACGCCUCGUGCCUCUCCGUUCACCGGAGGAACACACCGAGCGGUCCCCGGAGACCUGCUCAGGACGGGCAGAGGGGGUCUGGAUCUGUUGCCUGGGUGAAUCCACCAACGCGUUAGCAUCCGGGUAACAGGGCUAGCUUUAAUCUCAGGUACAGAACGGGACUACGAGGAGCUUUACACCCGAAAUCACAGGUGACAUCUCGUGCUCCCGGUGGACCCGGCUCCGAAUGAAGGUGUGCUGAGACCUGGGCCCGGUAUUCCGUCCUGAGCACGAGACCUACCUGAGAGGUGAGGGAGGGCUUGAUGUAAGGCUAUGUUAGCAUGUGAUGGAGGUAAGCUGCUGAUAGAGAACAUGGACUUCCUCCUCUCUCUCUGCUAGAGGCCCACAGCUCCAUGGAGUCCUUCCUGCAGAUAGCGCCCCACUCCCUGGCCAUAGUGCUGUCCAGGACCGGGGCAGGGGCCGGGACCGGGGAGGCGGGGGGAGUGUCGGAGAGCUCCGAGCUGCCCCGGCACCACACCGGGUACGAGAUCUUUGCGGAUUUUAAAGCGGAGAACUCGCAGCAGCAUGUGUGGAACCAGAGGAUCACCGAGGCCGUGUCCGAGACCUUCUUUCUGGGCUGGAUAGACGAGCACGUGCUGCUGAUCCAGGGGAAGGAGGACCACCUGGAGGUGCUGAGGGAGGGAUGGAUGCGGAGGUCCCUGAACCCGCCGCGGGGAUUCACCAUCAAAUACCUGGGUGAUGUGUCACCCAUCAGUAUGUCCCCCAUCAGCCAGUCACAGUUCAUCCCUCUGGGAGAAGUACUGCUAUUGGCUAUCUCUGCUAUGAACUCCGCCCACAAACCUGUGACUCAGGAGGCUCUGACCGAACAUCUGCAGACAUGUUUCCCAGGUGUUCCCACACCUACCGAGGAGGUCCUGCACCACACGCUGGGCAUGCUGGUCCGUGAGCGGAAGAUCUACCCAACACCUGACGGAUAUUUUAUUGUCACCCCUCAGACGUACUUCAUCACACCGAGUCUGAUCAGAACCAGCUCCAAGUGGUACCACUUAGACGAGCGGUCAGCUGAGCGGCACCAGCAGCAACAUCAGAACCAGCAGCAGCACCAGCAGACGCAGUGCACCUCCCCUCUCUCUGGCACCAUCACCCCCUCCACCUCUGGGCCCGUCAGGGACCGAACGCACGCUAAGUCCAGCCAGAACCACAGCGGGGGAGGAGGAGGAGGAGGCGGGGAUACUUUCUACAACAACAGUUACCGUGCAGACGACCCCCCUAGCCACCACACCACCCUGUCACGCAGAUCCCCAAAAGACCACCGGGAGGCGUACUCGUCACCACACUCCCCACAAACUCCUCCUCAGCAGGCGGGAGCAACCACGGAGAAGAGCCGCAGCAGCCUCGGGUUCCCUUUCAAGACGGACACACUCACCAAGCACCGAGGAGGGGGAGGCGGCGGAGGUGGGGGAGGAGGAACAGGGACAGGAGAGGUGGAGAAACAGGCAAGUGGAGGCACAGGGACAGGAAGUCGUAAGUUUGGCCUGAAGCUGUUCCGGCUGAGCUUUAAGAAGGACAAGGCCAAACAACUGGCCACCUUCUCUGCUCAGUUCCCCCCCGAGGAGUGGCCGCUCCGUGACGAGGAGGUGCCGAGCCAGCUGCCCCGCCAUGUCGAGAUGGAGAUCAUCCGUAGGAUCAACCCUGACCUCACCGUAGAGAAUCUUGCCCGCCAUACGGCUGUCAUGAAGCGACUGGAAGAGGAGCGCGCUCAGAGGAGCAAAGCCUCAUCGGCGAAUCAGAGCUCGAGGAGCAGGAGAAGCGGGGGCCGGCAUAGGAAGCAGUCUCAGGCCAAACUGAGUCGCUCACACAGUAAGACAAGGGCGUCCCGCGGUGAGCCCAGCGACCUGGAGCUGGCUGACCGAGACUACCGAGCGUACUCUUCCUCGCUGGCCCGUUCGCCACGGGAACACGCCCUUGCAAUGGAAAGGCAGCGGGCCCGGCUUCACCUGGCUCAUAGCAACCCCAACAUCCUUGAUUCCUCACACCUGCCCGUUACGCCGGAGUGGGACGUGUCUGGAGAGCUCGCCAAGCGCCGCACAGAGAUGCCUUUCCCCGAGCCGAGCCAUGGCCCCUCCGCCCACCACUCCAAAGUGCACCGCUCGCACUCGCACACACAGGAGAGGAAGUCCAGGAACGAGCGCAGCGACAAGGCCAAGGAGCGCUCCCGGUCCAUGGACAACUCCAAAGGACCGCUGGGUGCUGGGCUCAUUGGACCGCCUGAUUAUUAUGAUGAACGAAGCCGCUACUACACUGACGAUGGUACUUUGAGGGCUAACCAGAGCUCCUCUCACUACUCUCGAGCCACGCCACCUUCAGCUAAGUUACCUGUGGACUCUCUGGGGCUGGAUGGUGGGCGGAGCUUAGAGAAAAGUAAGAGCAGGGACAGCCUGCCUGCAUAUUCCCCCAAACCACUUCUCCCCUUAAUCCCUCCGGAUGAUUACUUCCAGUGCUCGGGUUCAUCUGAGGCCAUCCUCACAGCUGCUAACACGCUCGGAACUCUGGGUAAGAGCAGCCACGAAGGGUUGAAGGUGGGCGGGACUGACAGACAGACUGACAGACAGACACCCCACCACCUGGACAGUAAGGAGGACUUGUCAAAGUUGGGGCCUAAGGGAGGCAGCCUGCCUCCAAUACCUCUGUCUCUCCCUGACCCACCACUGGCUAACGGCCGACCCCCCCACAGUGCCUCCUCUGGUCAGGAGAAACGUAAGGAGAUCUUUAGUAAAGACACACUCUUCAAACCUCCCCCCAGUCUCCCCUUACCCGGGUACAGCUCGCUGAGGAAACCCCCCACCCUUGUCUCCUCUAACCUGUCCUCCUCCUGUGACGCUCUUGACUCCCAGGAGGCCUUUGACGCCCCCAAACCAUUGGUGGCCACCUCGUCCGCACCCCCAGCGGGGAUCGAACCCACUCCCGGUGCAGCAGAGGCCUCCUUCGACUACUACAAUGUGUCAGACGACGAGGAGCUUGAGGAGGGCGGGGCUAAGAGUAGAGGGGAGGAUGAGAAGUCAGGGGGAGGUGUUGUUGGGAGGGGAGGGGGAGGAGCAGGGACCAUGCAGUGGCUCCUGGAGAGGGAGAAGGAAAGGGACCUUCAGAGGAGGUUUGAGAGGACUCUGGCCUUCCCUGGUGCUAAAGAGAACCUUCCAGAACCCGCUCAGAACCAGCAGUCAGCUCACUCUGCUCGACUGGACAGCAUGGACUCUAGCUCAGUCACUGUGGACAGCGGAUUCAACUCUCCACGGACGAGGGAGAGUUUAGCGUCGAACACCUCGUCCAUCGUGGAGAGUAACCGUCGGCAGAACCUGGCUCUGAGCCCCGGACACCUCGGCAUCACCUCCGGAAACGGCCCCCCCUUCUCCUUCAGAGCCAUCCCAGAACCUGCCGGAACCCAACCAGAGAAACUCCAGAAGCCCAGCGCCUGCCUCGCGUCAAUCACCAGCGUGUAGGGGGCGGGGCUAAGGGCUGGGAGGAGCGCCGAGACCCGAUGGACAGGAAAUACAAAUCCAACCCCCACCCCCAAAAGGACUGUUACACCUUCAGACUGACAGACUGUCUGAGUCAGUGCAACUGUUAAAACACACACACACACACACACACACACACACACACACACACACACACACACACACACACACACACAGACACAGACACAGACACAGACACACAAACACCAGGCAGAUUCCGACCAUGUCAUCUACAGCCUCCAGUUUACAUACCGCUGUUCUGUUUCAUUUCUGUGGAUUCUAGUUCUGUGUGUGUGUGUGUGUGUGUGUGUGUGUGUGUGUGUUUGUGUGUGUGUGUGUGUGUGUGUGUGUGUGUGUGUGUGUGAGUGAGUAAUCUGUUAUCUCAGGUCAUGUUUUUUCCCAUCCAGCUGCUCCAGAUCAGCACGUCUCCCCCUGCUGGUGUCUCAUGGUGUUACACUCUGAGAGGAGCUGCUCUGCUGACUACUGAUGCUCAUGUUACACACACACACAAACACACACACACACACACACACACACACACACAGAGGACCUGUUCACACCUGGGCUCACUCAGAUGUUAAUGUUAUUGUAGACCGGUCAGGUGAUGCAGGCUCGUCAGUGUGCAGCAUGGUCCUGUAUUUAACCCGCCGCCUGUCUCUGAAUCAAACAGGAAAUAAUGUGUCCUGAAUAUUGAGAUGAGACAGCAGAGAUAAGAUGAGUGUGAGAGGAGAGAGGCUCUUACAGGAUGCAGACACAGUGGACGCAGACUGUCCUGAGAGUGCAUGUGUGUGAACAGGGAUUUACACGGGACUUCCACCAGAUCUGUGUCUGGUAUAAAAUGGAUGUCAUCUUGCUCUGCUUGAAGUGAGGCCGCCACAAAAACUGCUCCCCCUAGUGGCUGGCUGCAGUAUAGAUCAGAAACUCCGUCUCCCCCAUUCAUUUGAAUGGGGCUGCGGUCAAACUUUAAAAAGUAAAUACAUGUCAUAAGAAUGUUUCUCCCAUCAGUAUGCUGUGGUGAUAUGUAGUUAUUAUUUGACUGUUUUGUGUUCAAGGCCUCUUUUUUCUGAAAAGUUUCUUCUUGGUUAGUUAUUAGAGUUUAAAAAACGAGGUUUUACUUCCUGGUUUGCUUUGAUUCACAGCUGCCGUAGAGAGAAACUCCGCUCAUCAUGACGGUUUGUUGUUGUAGUUAAGUGAAAUACGAUCUGGUGAUAACACAGAGUGUUUUAUUCUGAAAAUUAACCAGGUUUUUAUUUUGUUUUGGUGCCUGACUUCCUGUCCCGCUCCAUCUGCUCUAUUGAGAUUGAUGCGUCAUGCUGGCAUCCGGCAAUAAUAGAAGUCUUGCGGAUCCAGUGGAAGUUAACACACUGACUAGAAUAGAAACCCAUCAGAUCCAGAGCUGUGACGGACCAGACACAGAUCUGGUUUCAUUUGGCCGUAAACGUCUCUGACGCGCUCUCACCUGUACUCUGAUCACUCUGAACUCUUCGUGAUACCAGGUGUGACAGACUCUCCCUCUCACUGCUUUAAGACCAUCCUGCAAACGUGUCACUCUGACCUGAUGAGUGACGUGUAAACCAGUUUCACAUGACCAGCUGAUGUAGAAUGAAGCAGAGCGGUCUCUUGUACCCGUCGACCUCACGGUGACCUCCUGCAGGGAUCAGACGUCUGAUUUCACGCUCUUCGUGGAGGCGGAGCUUCCUGUUUCCUUUCCGUGACUCUUCAUGCCCACACUCUGAACCAGCUGAGUCCGUCAGACACUCUGAAGUCCUGAUCGCCGCCCUCCGCUCAGGACAGGUUAGCGAUGAUCUUCUCUAAAAAGAGAGAGGUGUUACGACCUCCGAGGUGAAACUAUCAAAUAUUUACAUGAAUAAAAACUAAGUGAGAUUUUUAAGACGUAAAACCAGUGACCUACAGAUUAUAUGUGAGUGAAUAUAUGUACAGUGUAUAGAUACCUUUAUUUAUGAAUAGUUUAAAUCAGAUAUUUAAUGACGUGCUGCUUUUUGUUACUGCCUUCACACACAAAACAGAACCUGAUAGUUUAAAGAGUCACGUCACCGUACGGUUCACGUCAACACCCCGAGGGAACAGACGCCAUGAUGUAAACAUGCUAACUGCUAACAGAUCUGCAGCCCUGAUCCUGAAAGAGUCCGGGCGCUGUGUGAAUGUCAGAGAACCAGAGGUAUCUCUCACUCUCUCUGACAGGUUUCUAUAUAAAUAUGUAUAAACUUUGUAACCGUGUUGUCUUCUGUUCAUAUUUACUCAAGCUAAACCACGCUAAGUGUAGCUGAUUAUAGCGACACGGCGUCCGGACUGUCUUUGGAAUCAGGGUCUGUCAGGAUCUAGAGUCCACAGAGGUUGAUUAAAGAGAGAACUACAGCAAGAACCUGAAAGGAUCCAACAGAAGUAAACGCAGCCACAGCCAAUCAGUGUGUAGUUUAAAGCUUUAAAACAUGUCUGAUAUCACAGAUUACCGUCACAUCACGUGCUUCUCCGUAGACAUGGGACCUUUUUAACUUCAGCUUUUAACAAGUGAAGUCAUCGGAUGACCCUGAGCGAGCUAACGUUAGCCCCCCGUGGAGCCCUGCCAAAGAUCUUCAGUCAAACACUGGUUUUUAACUUGAACCUGCUUUAUUCAGUGUUUUACUGGUUCGAAUCCGCCCGUCUAGAGACAAGCGGACCUCUGAGGACGACUCGGCCUCCUCUAAGAAGGACCGGUCUUAAAGAGUGAGACUGAAGCUCAGCUGCUUCCUGUGGACAUCAAGAGUCACUCCUCCUCAGCUCCACACGGACACUGAUGCAGAGCAAGGAGCCGAAUCCUCCUGAGGUUUGAACAGAGGUGACGUCAGUGGAAGGUGAUUGAUGGAGUUCAGAAGAGUGUGUGUGUGUGUGUGUGUGGAGCAGCUGAGUGUCUGAUAGAGAGUGUGUGAGAGGUGUGAUCCAGACCAGAGGGGAUGUGACUUCAUAUUCAGUAUUAAUUCAUUUACACACACCUCAACACACACUCCCAUCAUCCACACACACACGCACACACUCACACACUUCAGUCCCGUCCAUGAAUACUUGAGUUUCUCUCUGACUCGUUCCCUGAGCCGCUCUCACUCCUGGUGCUACGAUGUGUUGUGGUCAGUGUCGGCCAUGAUAAUAGUCAUAAUAAGCGAGUGAUGAUGUAAUGGAUUUCAGUGUUACAUGGCUCCUCACACAGGUGUCCGCAUCAGUGUGAACAGGACCACGCUCAGACUGGUGGACCGCUGACUCGGACUCGGGGACACGUGGAACAAGACUGGUUUAUAACCUGACCUGAGCUGAGCUGGAUUUGCCUGUCUCUUAAGAUCCUGCAGUCCUAUAGGUCAAUCAUGUCCCGCCCUCCUAUAGGCUCAGGGAGCUGUCAAUCAUCCCGGUGUGGUCGUCGUCGUCGUCGUCUUCUCAGCUCCUCUACAACUACCUCCACAGCAGCAAAAACACAGCCCGUCCUCUCUGCUAACACACUGUCAUCAGCCUCGAGCCUGUGAAUGUCUACACACACACACACACACACACAUAUGAUACACACACUAUCUUCACAUCAAAGUGCUGGACUCCCUAUUGCCCCUCCCCUCUCUAACGUGGUUUCUUCUGAUUGUGGGUCAGCUUCAGAUCUUGAAGGUACACAGAGAGCAUCAUUUAGCCUUAAAGGGUUCAGUGUGUUUGACACACUCUCAUGUGAACUCUUGUCUGUGGUCUGUUCUACCUGUUCCCAAACUCCACACCUGACUGUACCUGAGUAAUCACUGGUGGGCGGGGCUAAACCUCCUCCUGGCUGCAUCAGAAAAGCUCCUGAGAUGUGAAAGUGUACUGGCACUUUAAGAGUGCCUCAGUAAAGAGUGUUGCUGCUAUUGAAUAAUAUAGAACGUGUUGCUCUGACUUUAAGCACGUUUGUGUGUUUAGGACUUUAUUUUCAUAGAUGACUCUAAAGUGGUCCUGGUCCUGCGUCCUGGUCUCUGUGACUCUAAAUAGGACUAUAGUUUACUAAAUGAACAUGAUGCUGUGUUGAAGAAGACUUGAAACUAGAGAUUGAGACCUUAAACUCAUUAGUGUUUACUGAGGGAAUAAAUCAGCUGAGAAGUAGGACCAUGUUCUCGUGGAGUCGCCCCCUGCUGGGCAGUAGAAAUAAUGCAGGUUUAAAACGCUUCACUUGAAAACAAAGAAGCAGCGUCCAGGUCUUAAAUACAGUCUGUGUUUGAAACACGAGACCGAGCAGGACUAAGAAUCAGACUCCUUCAUGUCAGACUGGAACUCAACCCUAUAACGUGAAUCUAGACCCCAUUAAUCCCAGUAAAGGCCCAGUCUGCAGAGCUCUACCCUGUUAUCUGCUGCUGGGAUCAGUCCUGAUUGUAACCACUAGAGGAGGGUUGGACUAGAUGAGUAACCACUACAGUCGUAGUAGACCAGUCCAUCCACUGGGACCGACCACUAUUAUGUCAAAACACUGAAGCUUAGAGACUGAUUCAAAGUUCACGCUGGUCUGCAGAGGGCUUUGAGUGACAAAUCCUUGAUGGUGCCCCCAGUAAUCCAGAUUAUAAUCUAUUCUCAAAGUAUUCUAUAUUGGUAUCCUGUUGUCUAGAAUGUCACCAGGGUUUUAGGCGUCAUUGAACGCGUAACAAGAACUGUUUGGAUACUUGAUGGAUUAGAUUGUGUCAGCAGAGAACGACAGAUCCUCACCAACACGUUUCAGGGAGCCCCGCCCCAACAAUCCCAGAACUCUGAGUCUCCGAAGUACCACUCAGUUUGGGGAGAACCACUACAGUUCAGUUCCUGUACUGCAUUGAAGUUCCCCAGUUUGGUUCCUGUACCGGAGUUAAGUUCUGGUACCACAGUUUAGUUCCUGUCAGAGCACAGUUCAGGUGUUCUGAUCUGCAGCCUGAUGGAGGUCUUGGUUCCAUCCCGUAUGUCUGUUUGCACUGCCCCCCUCCUCCUCCUCGAGUCAUCCCCUCUACAGUCCGGCACACUAACCCCCCCCCCCCCCUCCCCCCGCCCCCCGCAUCCUUUUCUACAGACGGUCCAUGAAAUGUCUUCCCGUGACAUCGGCGCGGUGUUUCUACAGUCGGAGGUUCAACAACAAUAACAUUGUUUCUAACGGUGACGGUAUGUCAUACUGUAAAUGAUGUUUAUCUGUCAUGCCUAGUCAAAUAAUUUAAACAAUAAAAGAGGGAUUUUUUAAAUGUCUAUAAUAUCUGAAAGUCCCUUUGAUGUGUAGUUCUGGUGUUACUGUUGUUGUAGUGUAUGUGAUACCCUGUGGGGUUUGUGUUACUUUUUAAGAUAAUAAAAUAACAAUGUUUGAUUAAA